AUGUGCAUUGAUCUUCACUCUGAUGAGGGCUCAGACGUGAUAACACUCCUGGUUCCCUGUCCCCGUACAAGCUGGCGUGAGUGCUUCUAGCAGUCUUCCCUCCAUUCGCCACAGCUAUUGGAUUUCCCACCCAGAAUCUUUAGGUAGAUGAGAUCAUGAUUCUGGAAGGAAGUGGUGUAAUGAAUCUCAACCCCAGCAACAAUCUUCUCCACCAGCAGCCGGCCUGGACAGACAGCUACCCCACGUGCAAUGUUUCCAGUGGGUUUUUUGGAGGCCAGUGGCAUGAAAUCCAUCCUCAGUACUGGACCAAGUACCAGGUGUGGGAGUGGCUCCAGCACCUCCUGGACACCAACCAGCUGGACGCCAGCUGCAUCCCUUUCCAGGAGUUUGACGUCAACGGCGAGCACCUCUGCAGCAUGAGUCUGCAGGAGUUCACCCGGGCGGCGGGGACGGCGGGGCAGCUCCUUUAUAGCAACCUGCAGCAUCUCAAGUGGAAUGGCCAAUGCAGCAGUGACCUGUUCCAGUCCACGCACAAUGUCAUUGUCAAAACCGAACAAACCGACCCUUCCAUCAUGAACACCUGGAAAGAAGAAAACUAUUUAUACGACACCAACUAUGGUAGCACAGUAGAUUUAUUGGACAGCAAAACUUUCUGCCGGGCCCAGAUCUCCAUGACAACCACUGGUCACCUUCCCAUUGCAGAGUCACCUGAUAUGAAAAAGGAGCAAGACCACCCCACAAAGCCCCACACAAAAAAGCACAAUCCGCGAGGGACUCACUUAUGGGAAUUCAUCCGCGACAUCCUGCUGAACCCAGACAAGAAUCCAGGGUUAAUCAAGUGGGAAGACCGGUCUGAGGGCAUCUUCAGGUUCUUGAAAUCAGAGGCUGUGGCCCAGCUAUGGGGGAAAAAGAAAAACAACAGCAGCAUGACCUACGAAAAACUCAGCCGAGCCAUGAGAUAUUACUACAAAAGAGAAAUUCUGGAACGUGUGGAUGGCCGAAGACUGGUAUAUAAAUUUGGCAAGAAUGCACGUGGAUGGAGGGAAAAUGAAAACUGAAGCUGCUGACACCUUUGAACACAGAGCUAAACACCCCCCCAAAUGAUAACCAACCAUGAAGUUCCCCGACGUAAAUAUUUCAAAGACUACUUUUUUCUGAUAUUUAUGUACCACGAGGGGGAAAAAAAAUACAUCUACUUCUAACAGGAAGAAGGAACAUGACAGUUGAUAAAAUUAUUUUGUUACUUUUGAAGUAUGUCCUAUAUGGG